GAGGAAUCACUCGUAUUUUCAUUUCAGCUUCUUCAGAUGCUUCUGCCCUGGUCUGUGCCUUUAGAAGUGUGACGCUCGUCGGUGCUGGGUGCUGGACAGGCAGGAUCGGUCCGCAGCCAGGAUGGUGGCGUUUAACUGGAAGGCUUUGGAGAAUUUCCCACUGCUGAUGUACAUUUUGGCAGCUAAAACGUUGAUUCUUUGCUUAGCGUUUGCUGGCGUAAAAAUGUAUCAGAGCAAAAAAAUUGAAGAAAAAUUGAAGAGGGAACGUGAAGAGAAAUUGAAAAGAGAAGCAGAGAAGAAGGAUGAUUGAAGAGUCUCUCAGAUUUUCUGACACUUGGCAGCUUGCUCGGAUUCCUUUCCUGGGAGAACGAAGGCUUUCCGUAGAUGAAGGAUGUGUCAAAGGAAUAAAACCCUCAAGAGUAACAUUCACUUAAACUGUAUCUCAACUUUUUAUACGUACAGCAAAAUAUCUAAGCCUCUAUUUAUGCAAUAAAAAACU